AGUUGUUGCAGAGUAAUUACCCUUAGCUAAAAAUAAAAUUACACGGCUCGUUCGGCGUAAACGCAUCGGAUGCCGCUCGGCGUUAAAUUUUAACGAGGAAAAGCUCGAGAGAGAUUCCCCGUAGCGCUGGCGAAAUGGCAAAUCGAUGCGCGUAUGCAUUAUGCAGCCGUAGUCCGGCAACGAUUUUCCUAUAUUUCCAGCCGGGCGCGACGAUUACGAGCCGAUCUGAUAAGGUUACUCGAGCUGUGGCGAAACGCUGGACGCGAGCUUUUAAUUUUUUUUUUUUUUUUUUUUUUUUCUACGAUCGAACAGCUCUGCAGCGUCGCCAACUUCAAGCUCGUCGCCUCGAGCCGGCGCUAGCAUGAAGCGUCGAUCGAAAAUUCUCCUCGCUCGGUAAAUUGGCCGAAAUGUGUUGUAAGUAGUGGAUAGGAUGCAAUGUUCCGAGCAGGAGGACGACGCAUCGUCGGACGAGGAGAUCCACGAGGCCGUCGACAGCAUCCUCGCGGAGGACGAGCGCGACAAGUCGGCUAGAAAGCGCCAACUCGCCGAGCGGGAAGCUGCAAACUAAACGGCGAAAUCCGUCCGCGGAGUUCAAGAGGCGCCAGACCGGGGCUGAGAAGUCGAGAAGGUUCUCGCUGCGCGUGAUGGAGGCCAUGCGCGCGCUCGAGCGACGGACGGAGAGAAGAGCCGAGUGCCCGGUAUCCAAUAAGAGCCCCGCCACCUGCGAGAUCGUCGAUUACGUCGACAGGAAGUUCAGGAACGACGGAGACGUCGAGGCGCAGGUCCGAAUCGCGCUAAAGAGGCUCGCUUGUCAAGGCUUCGUCAAGUGCGAGGGAGGCGACGCGUACACGCUGCUGGCUCCGUUCGCCAGUCAGUUGGGAAGGGCGGGAAAGGCGAACUUGGGCCUGCACUCGACGGCCGAGUUGACCGACUGCCGGAGGCAUCGCUCGGGACGCGACGCGCGAUCGAACCGCAGCACUGCGAGGUGCCGAGGCGGCUGCCGGCGCGAUCAGUCCUGCAAGCAAACCGAGGAAAGCUCGGAAAUAGAUCUGUCGAUCCCGUCGAGCGUCGAGGAGGACAUAUUCCGGCGUAGAAUCGAACGCGACAUCGAGAGCUUGCAGCACCGCUGUCCCCCGGGCGAAACCGAAGCCGAAAACGCGACGAUGGAGCUGCGAAAGCCGGCACAGGCUGCUGGCGAGCCCGGUCGAAGGAACAGCGAGUUGCGUAUCGAGGCGUGCGGCGACGAGGACAGGCGACAGGGCAAGUGCCAGCUCAACCGGAGCGUGGCCGGGAGUCCGAGGAAAGGGAUCAGUCCAGCAAGAGAAGAGGAUCGAAUCGUCGGCGCCAUCCGCAAUCCCGCUCGCGAGAUCGAAGCGGCCAUGGCUCUUCCGGAGUUCGCGGACGACGCCAAGGACGACUACGAGCCCGUCGACGUCCCCGACGAGGACGAGCAACUCGAGGAAGACGACGAGGACGAGGGAGACGACGCUGGCGAGGACGACGAGCUCCUGCGGGAGCUGAGGCAGCACAGCGACGCCCGGAUUCCCAUGGACGAGGACAGGGACCGGGAGCUGAGGAGGUGGAUACGGAACUGCAGGAGGGAAUGCGAGAGACGAGCCAGAGAGGGAGGCGACAGCGCUGAUGGGGAAUGAUGGGAAAUGGAGCCUUUCGACUCGAAAUUUCGACGAUACGUGUAAACGGGAUUUUUGCUGGAAAGGUGUAAAUUAAAAUUGCAAAAUUCCAUGCGACUCUA